UCGAGCCGAUUUUACGCCUGCCAGGAAAAGCGUACUAUAUAUAAGCUCAGACCAAGCGGAGCGAAAUCAGGCAAGCAAGCAAGCACACUCGUCUCGUCUCGUCAAGCACCCGGCGUCCCGGCCGGUCCCCCGCCCACCUUGCCUCCGCCCCACGCAACAGCCCACCAGCCAUCCAUGGAGAGGAAGAGCAGGGCUCGCAGCAGCAGCAGCAGCAAGCGCGCGUCCGCGCCGCCCAAGGUGGUGGCGGUGCUCGCGGGGCUGCUGGAGCGCGCCGCCACGCGCGGCGACGCGGACGGGUCGAGUUCCGCCGCGGCGUUCCGGAGCCCCGGUGGGAGGAAGCCGGAGAUCGGCGUGCGGCGGUACGCGGAGCGGAUAUACCGGUACGCCGGGUGCAGCCCCGCGUGCUUCGUGGUCGCCUACGCCUACCUCGACCGCCUCGCCGCGCCGGCGCCGGAGGAGGGGGAGGGGGAGGUGGUGGCGGUGGACUCGUACAGCGUGCACCGCCUGCUCAUCACCAGCGUCAUGGUCGCCACCAAGUUCAUGGACGACAUACACUACAACAACGCCUACUUCGCGCGGGUGGGCGGCGUGGAGGUGUCGGAGAUGAACGGGCUGGAGCUAGAGUUCCUCUUCGCGCUGCGCUUCCGCCUCAACGUCACACCGGACGAGUUCGCCUCUUAUUGUGGCACGCUAGAGGGGCAGAUGACUACGACCACGACACCUUCGUUGUCGCCGACGCAACUGUUAAUGAUCUCACCGGAAGAAGAAGAGAGCCGCCGGCAGGAGCAGGGGAAGGUCGACGCCGCGGCCAUGGCGGGCAUAACGACCUUCACGGUUGCUCGGUUAUCGGUAGUCGAGAUCACCCAAUAACACGAAACCCAAUUGAGCUGCCAACGUGGAGGGCAUUGCAAAAAUGUGCAUCGCUGGAGACAAGAGUGAUUCUUCUGAUUCUUUUGUUCCUUCUUUUUUCUCGCUUUCUUUUGAUAGUUUUUGUGGCGAGGUGUACCAUCAAUCCUACCUUCUUCGUUGUUGAAUAAUCGACAAAAGGUGCCCAUGCAUAAUAAAUUCAGUGUAAUUA